GGCCACUACUCGCUCUCACUCACUCAUAAACUGCAGCGCGGACGAGCCACACCCCUCGCCUCCCCUUCUCCUCCUCCCGCCAUGCGUCGCGAGCACAGAAUCGUCAUCCUUCUGGUCAUCGAUGUCAUCUUCUUCCUCGUCGAGCUCAUCGCUGGCAAUGCUGUGGGCUCUCUGGCGCUCAUCGCGGAUAGUUUCCAUAUGCUAAAUGAUAUUCUGAGUCUUAUCAUUGCUCUGUAUGCCAUCAAGCUCACGAGGCAAACACAUACCGACGCUCGUUAUUCAUAUGGUUGGCAUCGUGCUGAAAUCCUCGCCGCUCUGGUCAACGGCGUCUUCCUUCUUGCUCUCUGUUUCUCGAUAUUCGUCGAGGCAGUUGGGCGAUUCUUCAGUCCCCCGGACAUCUCCAACCCUCGUCUUAUCAUUGGUGUGGGGACGUGGGGACUCAUUUCGAACAUCUUUGGGCUGUUCCUGUUUCAUGAGCAUGGGCAUGACCACGGCCACUCGCAUGGGAAGGCCACACCGACGUCGUCGAAGCCUGCAAGUAUCAGGUCCGACAGCGAUGACCAGGCUCCCAAAGUGUCUACACCACCGCGCAAUAUCUCCCCGAGCCACCACCGUCAGCGAACGAGCUCUUACUCGUCGCUUUAUGGCCACCCUGCAGCGACCCGGGCUUCACUGGUGCAGACCGCUGAGGAGAUCAGGCUCGCCCGUUCGCCAUCUCCACCCCCGAAUGGACUGAGGAGCAAGUCUCGUCAUCAUCGUUCGCGUUCACGCUCUGCUAUUGGUGGCGCUGAUCCUGACGGAACUCUCAAUGGCUCCUCUUCUGGCGAUGUUCAGCCGGCGACUGAAUCCACGCCUUUGCUUUCUGAGACUGCAUCCGCAGACUCUCACUCAUACGACGGACAUGGGAACCACGACCAUAGCGAAGGCGGCGGCCACGGUCAUUCGCACGGAUCGAUGAACAUGCACGCACUUCUGCUACACGUGUUGGGAGAUGCACUGGGCAACGUGGGCGUCAUCGCGACUGGGCUGGUCAUUCUGUUCACGUCGUGGAGCUGGAAGUACUACUUCGACCCCCUCAUCUCAUUGGUGAUCACGAUCAUCAUAUUCUCUUCCGCCGUGCCACUCGUUCGCAGCACGUCGUUCAUUCUGCUACAGGGCGUUCCCUCGACCGUGUCCAUCGAAGACGUAAAGGAUGCCAUCCUCGCGGUUGAAGGCGUGCUGUCUUUGCAUGAGUUGCACGUCUGGCAGCUCUCGGAAUCAAAAAUUGUCGCGAGCGUGCACGUCAUGGCGAGCCGAAAUCACGACUUCAUGCCCGUCGCUGCGGCGAUAAGGAAGGCGCUUCACCAUCAAGGCAUCCACUCAAGCACCAUUCAGCCGGAGUACCAUCCGAGAACAGCACCGCCAGAAGAAAACCUGAGGACCUCAGCGGAGACGUCAUGCCUGAUCAUGUGUCCGCCUGACCAGGAAUGCAAUCCUGCAGAGAACGCUUGUUGCCGUGAGCACUGUCAGCACUAAUAUUGUCGUCGCCGUCUGACGAAUAACAAUUUUUGUAGCACCACCGGCUGUGGACGUCUGAGUCCAUGGCCAUGUAUAGUACUAUCAGGGAGGAGAGAUGACGGCUCGCAUUGGUAUAUGUUUAGUUUGUUUAUACGUUCUUGUAAUUUGCUCGCCAUGAUGCCAAUACAUAUAUUACAUCGCAUCCUCACA